UUUGAAAUUAUUGUAUUAUGUCUUCGUCAAAUCCAUCCGGUGGCCCGCCGUCGCCGCCACGGACCCAGAGCAGCGUCUGUGUCCUAUGGCUGAUCAUCUGCAAGACGGUCAAGUUCCAGCUGGCCAACACUUUGACCAGCGUGAUCAUCAUAGUCGGUCCUAUCCUUGUAUUCUUCAUCUACUCGGCCACGGCUGUCCUCCCGGAGUCGCACCAAGAUCCGCAGAGGACAUAUCCGACGGUCAAUUUUACAACUAAAGUGCUAAACAUUUACUACUCGCCCACGAGUCGUGUUGUCGACGAAAUCAUCGAGGAUGUGGCCCGCGAAGUAAGGACCAAGCACACCAAGGGCUUUGCCUCUGCGGCCAUGCUGGAGCGUGCCCUCAUCGCGGAGCCUGCCUUCGUGGGAAUUGAGUUCGAAGACUCGUUUAAUCGGAUUACCUCGAUGCCGGACAAGGUGUCGGUGGCCUUGCGCUACCCAAUGCACCUACGCGCCAUCCCGAAGAUGCGCUGGGACAAAAGGAUGUAUUACAAGAGCAUGUAUCUGGGAACCGAUUACUAUUUGGUCGAGUCAUUCCUGAUGGUUCAGGUCAAGCUGAGCGAGGCUCUGAUUAGGGCCAAGAGAGAGAACGUCGUCCUGCCGGAGGUGAAACUGAAGUACUUUCCCCAACCCGAUCGCAUGGAGGGCACAUUCACCGAGUCGCGAGUGGCUCUAACCGGGUUUCUCUUUCUGCCCUUCGCUAUAUCCUCGGCUUAUCUGGCACAGGUAAUCAUUGAGGAUAAGCAGAUGUGGGCCAUGAUGCGGCUAAUGCAAGUGCGAGGGUGGGUGCACUGGCUCUCUUGGUUCAUUGUGGCCUUUCUCCUCUUCUUGGGGCCAACCAUUUUUCUGGUGUUCCUGCUCAAGUGGCGCUUCUAUCGGAUGAGCAAUUUGUUCCUGGUCCUGUUCUUCAUGUGCGUCUACGUAAUCGAGCUCCUGUCGUCGGCCCUCAUGAUAACCGCCAUAUUCUCGGACAGCAUUGGCGUUCAGAUGACUAUCCUGUUCCUCCACAUGAUUAGCUGGCUGCCCUGGCGUCUCAUGGUGUUGGGUUACCAAGCCACCGCCAACCGGGUCUAUAUCGCGUGCCUGUUUCUGAACAGCUCACUUGCCAUGGGUCUGCAGGAGUUUAUUGAGCACGAGAACUUCUUUAUGGGCAUGCAGUGGAAUAUGAUAUUUACGAAAACAGAUCCAAGUGACGCGAUAUCAUUGGGCACCAUAAUGGUCAUCAUGCUGCUGGGCACGGUGCUGCGCAUCCUCAUCCUGUGGUACGUGGAGGAACUGAAGAGCGUGAAGGGCAGAAAGUGGUACUUUCUAUUUCAGUCCUCCUUUUGGUGCCCGCGGAGGGUGCGAAAUUUGAAUGACAUUGAGGGUCAGGAUUUUCACGCGGAACAGGAUCACGAGCCAUUGUCUCACAGGAACCGUUCCAUCAUUAUCCAGACCAGGAACCUAACGAAAAUCUACAACGGCCAGAAAGCCAUCAGUGAUGUCAGCUUAAACUUCUAUCAGGAUGAAAUCACCGUGUUUCUGGGGCACAACGAUUCGGGAAAGACAACAAUCUUCAAAAUGCUUGCCGGGAUGGAAGAGCCCGACGGAGGUCACAUCAUAAUCAAUGGCUUUGACCUGACCACUCAGGAUCGUAAGGCGCUGCGCUCGAUGAGUCUAUGUCCGCAGGAGAACAUGUUCUUCGAUAAGCUGAAUGUCAGGUGGCACAUAAAGUUCUAUUGCCGGUUGCAGGGAAUGAAUCGAAAACAGGCCUCGGCAGAGGCGGACAAGUAUCUGGAGAUCGCUCACAUGGAGGAACAUGCAAAGAAAGCGGUCAAUCAACUGUCAAGCGGUUACAAGCGAAUGUUAGCGCUAUGCUGUACCCUGUGCGGGCGUCCGGCGGUUGUCCUUCUGGAUGAGCCCGGCACCAGCAUGGAUCCGCUGCUGCGUCGCGAAAUGUGGGACAUGCUGCGAAGGGAGCGAAAGGAACGUUGCAUCAUAAUGUCUACCCACAACAUGCUUGAGGCCGAAGUGGUGGCGGAUCGAGUUGUCGUCCUGUGCGGUGGCGAGGUGAAAGGCUACGGCACACCCGGUUUUCUCACCCAGAUCGCGGACUCGGGUGCGGCUUACGUUCUGAUCUGUACCAAAAGAGACACCUGCUUGGUCGCAGAGGUAUCGCACUUCUUGCAAAUCCGCUUCCCGGACAUCCAGCUGUUUCAGGAGUACGGCAUUUACGUGACUUACAAACUACCGGCCAGGCAUGUUGGCCGUUACUCACAACUGUUCUUGGAGUUGGAUCAGGCUAUCGAUGAUCUGCUGAUCAAGGAGUUUAGUGUGAGGGCUCCCACGCUGGGUGACAUCUUUCUACGCAUUGGUGUGGAGUUGAAGAACACGCGGGAGUCUGUUCUCUAUAAUGAAGGACAAUUGCACGCAUCGCCCAUGACGUCGCUGAUCAAUCUUCUGCCCAGCUUUGAGGUGCGUGAGGACGACUACAACGUGAAAUGCUGCAAUCAGUGUUGGGCCAUCAUUGAACGUAAAAUUAUCUUUAUGUGCCGACACCGUCGUCUGUACUUUCUAAUCAUCUUGAUGCCGAUCUUCAUCGCCUCGGUGCUUAUCAUAUUUGAGCUCUUCAUCUUGUUGUUUGACGAAACUCCUAACGAGAUAAAAAUCACGAGCAUCUCCAAUUCCUCUGUGAUCUUGGUGCUUGAGUCAAAGGAAAACGAUGCCAUAUCAGACGUGUAUACCCGGAAUGGUCUGCUACACGGCGUCAGAACUAAGAGCACAGAGGGCGUUCCCCUUGGUGACUAUAUCAUACAACAGAUAAAAAAGGAUGAGAUGAAUUACUAUCGAAAAAUAGCGGCCGGCGUUACAAUCGAUCAAGUUAAUAGGUCUAUUGUCGCCUGGGCGAACAAGAAGCUGGAGGUCGGCUCGGCCCUGAGCUUGGGCCUGGUAUACGAGACCCUGGCCUUGGCGCUGGCACAGCUAAAAAUCGAAAUUGUGAACAAGCCACAUAUGGGUACAAUUAUAGAGGCAGCGCGCGCACUAAGCCGAACCAGCUACAUUGACUUUGCAUUCACGGUGAUGUUUUAUCUCGUCGUGGUCACUGCCAUUUUCGCUGUGAUGCCGGUGAUGGAGCGACAUACGAGCCUGCAGCAUCAACAGCUAGCCAGCGGCAUGACCCGGUUUACCUACUGGCUGUCCCACCUGUUCUGGGACUUUUGUGUAUAUAUUACGAUGAUCCCGAUGCUAAUAAUACUCGCAGAAAUUGCUCGGGGCACAAUGGGGCCUAUAGCGCUUUUACUGCUCUCCUUUGGCUUUUCGGUCAUAUCCUUCACCUAUCUGGUUUGCCUUCUCUCCAAUGACUUGGGUAAGAUGUUCAGCAUUAUGAUGUAUGUGAAUAUGAUAGGUGUGCUUUCCUUCUUUAUUCAUCCCCACAAAGAUGUAGAUCGCUACAAAAUCUUCGAAUAUGUACUCAGGGCUCAUCCUCACUAUGCGUUAUUUAAUGGGGUUCAAGAUAUAGUCUACACAGAAGACACCCUGACUGUUUUGCAUACCUUAAAAGGGCCAGGAAACUUAUUGACUACCGAUAUUAAUGAUUAUUACAACAUUGUGGAGAUUAAGUGUAUGCUAAUAAGCGGAAUGGUGUAUCUCAUUAUGGUCCUUCUGUCGUGGAUUCCGCGUCGGAUCAAUUACGUUUUUAAGUCGGUCAGGAACGAAAAAAUAUAUCCAGCCAUCGAGGAUGAGGAUGUAGAAGUGAACCGAAUUCGACAAAGGUUGGACUUAAUCACCACAAAGAAUUUCAAAAGUUUUCCCCUUAUCAUGAAGAAUGUGUCCAAACGCUACGGCGACGUUGUAGCUGUUCGCGCUCUAACGCUCGAUAUAAACCCCUUCGAGUGUGUGUGCUUGGUGGGCCGGAAUGGGGCUGGAAAGUCAAGCACCUUCUACAUGAUUGUGGGCAAGAGAGCACUUACGGUGGGCACCCUCCACAUCAAGGGCUGCAGCAUCAAGACUCGUUCCAAGCAGGGGCUAAGGCACUUGGGCUUCUGUCCACACGAGGAUAUGCUGUCACCGUACAUGACUGGCUGGGAAACGCUUCGUUUCUUUUGCUUGAUCAAUGGGAUUCGGCAGAGUCACAUCCAUAUGGUAAUCAAGUCAUUAGCUGACAGCUUCAGCCUCACCAUCCACAUGGACAAACCAAUUAGAACUUAUAGCAACGGCACCAAGCGGAAGCUAAUGAUAGCAGUGGCUGCACUGGCGCCGACGUUGCUUUGUCUAGAUGAGCCCACCGCCGGAGUGGACAUGUAUGCCAAGUACGAGAUCUGGGAUAUUUUGGAGAGCCUACGGAAAGGGGGUCUUGCCAUCUUUCUGACCACGAACAGCAUGGAAGAGUGUGAGAUUAUGGCCACCAAUUUGGGCAUCCUGGACCGCGGAACACUUCUCUGCUAUGGAACUUUGUCGCGCCUCAGGUCCCGCUUCGAUAAAGGUAUCUUUGUCAAAAUCAAGGUGGGCACAAGGGCAGAACUGAAUAUAUUGAGGGCCGAGUCUGGUCGACUCACACAUCGCACCAGGGAGGGGCUGUCGCCUACCUCGCGAUCAACUCUGGCAUCCCUCAAGUUUUCUAUAAUGCAAUUCUCAAUGGACGAUGAUUUCGAUAAAUCAACAAGCUCCGAAACGGACAUCCGUGAGGAUUACGAGACCCUGUUGAAUGACGUAGAGGAUUGGUUUUUGGAGGAUCAUCCAUACAGUAUCGUAACCGAGAAGUACUCUUUUCGAGGAAUGAUAACCUUCGUCUUACCCAAGGAAAGUAUAAGCUGGUCGGAUAUUUUUGCCUAUAUGGAAGAUGUCAAAACUGAUCUGCAGAUAAUGCACUAUUCAGUCAGCCAUACAGGUCUCGAGGAUGUGUUUCUGGAGUUCGUGAGGGAGCACAACAAAAACAGCAUGGAUGAAUAAUGGCAGUAACAGAGAGCCCCCUCAAGUCGUCCAACUAUUAUAUAUUGGAUGACUAUCUGUAAAAGCUUCUGCCAUGAAAUGCUAACGAAUUGCUUAAUUUAUCGCUUGGCGGUGCAGAAUUGGCCGGCAAAUGAUAGUAAAUAAACCAAGCGAUUUGUGCCGAAUCAUCGUCAACAGCAGGUAUUGGGUAUGGAAGAACAUUUUUGGACCCUAAUUAACACUAGUCUUAUAUUGUAUGUUUUAUAAAUUCUGUAAGUGAAUAAUCGUACUAUUAUUUAUUUAUUUAUUUAUAUAAAGCUA